AUGUCACUUCUUUCACUUCCAAAUGAACUUUUGAUUGCUAUUCUAGCAGAACUCGAAGUCCAAGAUAUCAUCUCAGUCCUCGAAACCCACCCCGAUCUAUAUCAGAUUUCAUUCCAGUAUAUCUUCAGAGUUCGAUUGUUACUGAAAGCUGGUGCGAACGCCGAUGAUUGGUCAAACUGGUUCGGAUCAGCUCUUUCCGACGCCAUAGCAAAUGGCCAUGAAGAGAUCGUGAAGUUACUUCUUGAACACGGGGCCCGAAUGGACAAGAAGGUGCAUUGGAAAUUCAUUCCCCUCCAACUUGCCGCAAAGAAGGGGUACUUUACUAUCGUCAAACUAAUGCAUGAUUACGGCGUUGAUCUCAACAUCACAAAUAUUUGUGGAUACACUACUCUUAGUACAACCAUAAGAUCUAAGGGUCAAUACUCCUACCAUAAAGGAGGGCCGUGGAGGAGACGUGGUCUAUGUCUACAUAGGAACCGCCAAACGCCAUUCAGCUACUACGAUACUCUGAAGCUACUUCUUGAAUCCGGGGCCGAUGUCAACAUUGCCGAUCAAUGUUCCCGAUAUACAGCACUACAUACGGCCAUGAUCAGUUAUCCUCACUUGCAGCAGGAUACUAUAGGUUUGCUUAUUGAACAUCGAGCCAAUGUGAAUGCUCGCAAUCAUGAGAGUACGACUCCGUUACAUUUGAUUAAUCCCAUCAAGCCGGGAUACGACCCUCGAUGCACCGAGAUAGCCAACCUCCUCCUUGAUCAUGGUGCGGAUGUCAAUGUACAGGAUGUGAAUGGGAGAACACCAUUACACAUUGCAGCAUCUGGUGAGACGCAAGGAGACACUCUCACUGGGGUUUAUCUCGCCCACGAAGCCAAUGUCAACGCAGCUGAUAAUUAUGGAAUUACACCGCUCCACCUAGCGGUCUCGAAAGAAGGUUCAUUAGCCAAUAUUCCAGUCAUAGAGCUGUUGUUGAAAUCCGGUGCUGAUGUGAAUGCAAGAACAACCAAGGGUAACACGCCUCUGCAUUUGGCAGUUUAUUAUGACGCAGCAAACGAAGUGAUGGAAUUGCUUUUUGACUACGGGGCCGAUUGGAACAUUUCAAAUGGGCAGUUAAAGCCUGAUACACCGUUGAAAAUGAUGGCAGACCACAUUGGUGAUACCCUGACGCCAUAUUAUUCAAUUCUUACCUUGUCUCUAGCUUUAGCUACCAAAAUUUGUAGUAACCUGGGCUUUUGA